UUUGAAUGACCUGCAGAAUGUGCUCAAGGUGGCGAUGGACGGAAACAUACUUAGGCAGGUGCUGGGUACAGCUAACGGGGUGGUGACACAGGGGAAGCAGGGAAUUGUAGUCCAGCAGCCCCAGCAGCAGAUCAUCAGCCUGCCGGCCUUUGUGGAUCAUGACGGCACCACAAAGAUCAUCAUCAACUACAGCAUCAGCCCUGCAGCCGCCACCACUGCCACUACCCAGCCUGCACCGCUUGUUGCCAAAAACAAUCCUCCUCUUCCUCCCACUGUCACCACUGCUGCAGACCCCACCCCAACAGAUAGAACCCCAACACCAGAGGCUGCCGACCUCACCAUUGUAAAGGCAGAACCAGAAUCGGUGCCCAUCAUGGAGACAGAGGCGGUCACACAGACAGAAUCUGUUAAGACUUCUGACGCCCAAACAGCUCAGAUGCCAAAAGUCAGCAGCACCAGUACAUGUUUACUAUGCGACGACUGUCCCGACAACCUAGAGGCGUUACACCUCCUCCAGCACCGGAAAGCAGCCAAUGGGGAGGCAGUUGACUCUGCCGCUUUGGACCCCUCGUUCGCUGCUCUGCUAAACGAGGCGGGGGUGACGCUGGAGGAGCCACCUGUGGACGAUCUCCUCUCACUCCUCAAGACCUACUUUGCCUCCAAUGCCAACCCCAGCGAGGCGGAGCUGACAAAGAUCUCCGAGUCUGUGAGUAUUCCCGUGGAUGUGGUCAGAAAGUGGUUUGCUAAAAUGAACUCUGGGAAAAAUGUGGGCAAAUGCCGCAAAAAAGCAGUUUCCAAAAAGACUGAAACCACAAAUUCCAGCUCAAAGAAUACUUCAAAUCAGAAUGGAGAGGCAGUGGAAGACAGCAUUAAAGAUACAUCCAACAAAGCUUCAUCAGAAUCUGGCAGCGCUUCUCCGUCAGACUGUUCACCACUAAGCCUCAACACAGAGGACCUCAUCAUUGUUAAAAGUGAGCCAGAUGAUCCAGAGGCCUCAGACUCCCAGGCAGAGCCGCUUGACCUCUCCCUUCCUAAACAUAUUGCGGCGGCAUUGAAAACAAUAACCACGCCUCCCGCCAAGCAGCAGGAACAGCCUCUAAACUUAACCUGCCUGAGGAAGGAGCAGCUGGAGGGUAGAACCAUCUACGUCACCACGCCUCAGACCGGAAGAUCUGUUAACAUUGUCACUGCCGCACAGCUGCCCACAUUAGUGGCCAUCGCUGGUCAGGGCACAAUGAGCUGUCUCAGCGCCAUCAACACAACAACGAAGCGCACCAUUCUCAUCCCCCAGCUCACCUACACCUACGCCACUACAGCCGGCAACGCCACCGGAUCAAAGACUGUUGUGCUGAACGGCCAUAAGGAGACAAGGCUGGACAGCAACUCUGACGGUGUUUCCACAGUGGAGGAGCAGAAUGACUCUGAUUCAGCCUCACUGAUUAAGAAGCGACGACUGGAAAACGGCGUCUACCCAUGUGAUCUUUGCUCCAAAGUCUUCCAGAAGGGCAGCUCCCUGCUCAGGCACAAAUAUGAACAUACAGGAAAACGGCCCCACGAGUGCAACACCUGCAAGAAGGCAUUCAAACACAAACACCACCUGAUCGAACACUCGAGGCUGCACUCCGGUGAAAAACCCUACCAGUGUGAUAAGUGCGGGAAGCGUUUCUCUCACUCCGGCUCAUACUCCCAGCACAUGAACCACCGCUACUCCUACUGCAAGAAGGACGGGCCAAACUCAGGCUCCGGCUCAGGGCCGCGCAGGGCUCAGUCUGAGCUCGGCAGCCCCGGUCCUGGACCGCAUUCGGACAGUCGGACCACGACCCCACCCUCCCAACUGGACUCAGAUGAGAGGGAGAGCGAGGAAGAGGAGGAUGAAGACGAUGAGGCCAUGUGUAUGGACGACAUCCGGGUUGUGCAGGUGGACGAUGGCGAGUGCGAGAUCUACGAGGGUAACUUUGAUGAUGAUGACGAGGACGGAGAGGAGGUGGUGGAGGAAGAGACAACAGGAGAGGGAGAGGCGGUAAGCGAGAAGGUGGACGAUGAGGUAGUUUGUGAUGUGUUGGAGGUCGAACUGGGGGAUGAUCACAUGGAGGAUGACGAGAUGGAGGAAACAACUGAAGAAAAGGAGGACGGAGAGAUGGAGGAAACAGCUGAAGAAAAGGAGGACGGAGAGAUGGAGGAAACAGCUGAAGAAAAGGAGGACGGAGAGAUGGAGGAAACAGCUGAAGAAAAGGAGGACGGAGAGAUGGAGGAAACAGCUGAAGAAAAGGAGGACGGAGAGAUGAAGGAAACAACUGAAGAAAAGGAGGACGGAGAGAUAGGGGAAACAAAUGAAGAAAAGGAGGACGAAGAGAUAGGGGAAACAACUGAAGAAAAGGAGGACGAAGAGAUAGGGGAAACAAAUGAAGAAAAGGAGGACGAAGAGAUAGGGGAAACAACUGAAGAAAAGGAGGAAGCAGCAAAUGUGGAUACAGAGGGAGUGGCAGACUGUGAAGAAAAUACGGACAAAUGCAUCAGGGAGGGGUCAGACAGCACUGAACCCACAGAGGAAGUGAUGACAAACGCCAAAUAAAAGAAGGAAAAUCUCUUCGGGACAGUUUUAAGGUGUUGGUCAUUAAAGUCGAGUUAAUUAAGACAAAACCGCUGAAAAGUUGAGCAAGUCACGGCGGUUGCCUGAUCUUAACGGUCCACUACUGUGUACAAAAACCCAGGUGUGCCUGAACUUGAAAAAAGAAAAUACAAAAACAUAACAGUGACUUUUUUUCUUGUGAAAUUGAAUUAUCAGUGUUAAAAAUUGUUUAUAGAAGUACAGAUUUUAAAGCAGAACUCACCCAUCAACUUGUUACUGAGACAUCCCAGGUUGUUUUAUUAUUUGUUUUCAUUUGGUCAGUGUUACUAAUCUUGUUCUUGUUUGAAAACAUUUUAACCUGUAAAGAUGAGAAAGAUUUCUAUACCUUUUUAUUGCCAAUGAAGUUUCCUAAAUCAGUAUUUUAUUGAGUUCUACGAACAAAAACCUCUGCACUACAGUAUUCCUGGUUUACCUAUGGAUACAUGCCUCAUGCAUUGUAUGCCCUUCAGUGUUAUAUACGUACACUAGCUAGCGAGAUGUUGUUCGUGUUAGUGUUAGUCUUUGCUAGCUAGCAUUACUUUUGUUUUCAGUUUGACUGUUAGCCUUAAAGAAAUCAAAGUAUUCUUGGGGAGGGUUGUGGGCGGGAUGGGGAGUCCGGGAUGAGAACGUGGCUUCUUUAUGCCAUAACCAAAUUUGUCCUAUCAGGGAAGGUAGAGUCACAACCUCAAAGCCAGCAUCAGGCGCCUCUGUUUUACAACCCGGCGUAGCCUGUACCGGUGGAGUCUCCAGAUGAAGAUUCAAAAGCAGACUCCACCACGCCUGGCUCAGCUGUGGUUCUAAAACACAUGCGCCCAUUCUUACCAAGCUUCUCCUUAUUUUGGUUGACUUUAGUUCUGAGUUAGUGUUUCAGUGUUAUUAGCUUAUAUAUGAAGUCAUACUGUAUGUGAAGGAACGGGGCCGAUUCCUGCUCCACCCCAAUGCCUCCAGCCUUAUGCAAGACCUGUGUGCUGUUAAAAGUGCCAUUGAACAGUGUUAUCAUUUCUUCUUCACACAUGUAGCCAGUGUUAUGUCCCUCUGUUACUAACACAAGACCCAUAUUGACUAAUGUUUGUGGACUUGCACAGAACAGCAACUCUGUCACAAUACCUGAAAGACACUUCCUAUGUUUUAAUUAUUUUGGAAUAUUUUCAAAGCCUUUAAAAGUGUUUGGACAACACGUGAAAGCUGGGAAAUUCAGUAUUAGGGCAUCAACUAAUAAUUAUUUUCAUUAUUGGUUAAUCUGAUGACCAUCUUUUUUUAUUAAAUCGAUUGUUUGGUCUAUAAAAUGGCAGAUAAUAAUGAAAUGUUUAUUUCAUUUGUUCAGCGGCCAAGAUGGCGCCUUUAAAUGUCUUGUUUUGUCUGAACUUAAAUCUGAGACCCAAAGACUAGUUUACAUUAUUAUUUUUUUUAAAUAUUAUUAGUUUGCAAUUACAUAAAACAGAAAAGCAGCAAAUCAUCACGCAGGAAAAGCUGGAAACAAAAAAUGUUUGGGAUUUUUGCUUGAAAAAUUACUGAAACAAUCAGUUAUCAAAAAAGCUGCUGCUUGUUUUUCUCAAACUAACGAAUCAAUUAAUUAAUUAAGUAAUUCAGCUGUACAUAUACAUUUAAUUGCACAUUUUAAAAAACUUCAAUACUUGCUGAUAAGGAAUCAUUUUCAGUUGCUGAACAGUGUCCAAAUUCUUCAAAUUGUAGUUCUAAAGUCAAACAUUUUGAAGUGGAGAAAAUACAGUCCAGAUUGAGCUUACCUGUGGAUAUAAAAUGCCUUGUAAAUGUGAGAUAAUCAGUUUCCCCGCUGAUGUUAAAUGUUAAUAUGUUGAACUUUAUGUCACAAGUCAAAGUUUUAAAAAUGUUUACAGAAGUGCUUAUAAACAGAAAAUGCUCUGUUGAGGCAGUUUGAAAUAUUUGAAGCUAAAGAUAUGCAGGAGAUGUUAGAACUGCAACUUGACCUUCUGCUCCACCAGGUUGGCUCAGGAAGAAAUAAAAAAAAAAGAAAAACCAAGAUCACUUUCAAGUAAAAUGGAGACAAAAUGAUUUUAUAGUAAAAUUAUAAAUUAAUUCAAACUUGUGCACUUGUUUUCAGAUAGUUAAAACAAAUGGUGGCAAGCUGUCCCACACUUCAGGUAACAAACGUUAGUGAAUGUGGUCUCUGUUGAAGUGUUUUCAGUUGGUUUUACCGAACAGUGUUUAAAGUAUUAGUCUGUUUUAUUUUUUUUGUUUGUUUUUGUCCUCUAUGUUUUUUCAACAAUGGCAGUAUUAGAACCCUUUUCACAGAUUAAAAAAAAAUACCUGUUUAGUUUUUAGAAGACUUUUUUAUAUUUAUGUGUCUUAUUUUUAUAUUUUCUUUUAUGGUUAUUUAUUACACAUUGUAGUGUACAUUACUGUAGUUUGAAUUGAUACAAUAAUAUAUUUUAGUAUGAAAAAUAAUCUGAAGACAAACAAAAAACCCAAAAUGUGGUUCUGGGAGCUGAAGUUUGUUUUAACAAAAAAAAAACAAAAAGAUAAAACAUGUAUUCUGUAAACAUGACUUCUGUUUUAAGCUAAAAAAUGAAAAAAAAGACAGGAAUGAAGUGAGAAAUAGAAACUGUUACAUGUGCAUCCGCUCUUUGCGUCGUUAUCAAGCUACUGAAUUCUAAAACUCUGUGAUUUUAAAAGCAUGAGUCGUCGCCGUUUUAAUGAAGGAUCUUGUUAUGAAGCCGUUACUCCUCCCUUUUUAUUUCAAAGCCAAAUUUAGAUCGUCCUGCCACCGUUUUCUGUUCUGUGCCAACUUGUUCCAUUGUACUGUCGAAGGCUGCAUAUCUGUCAUAACCCUUUGUAAAUCCACUGUCUUUUUGUAUUGUUUUUAUUUUAGUUUUGCUCCAUUUUUAUGACUCCCCAUCACAAUAAAAUAUAAGACAGCA